AUUCGGAGUAAAGCGUUUACGCGCGGAAAAAUUUCAACGUGUAGAAAGAAAAGACCGAGGUCAUCGAAAUGCCUGAGGAACAGAAGGCCCUAAAACUACAGGAUGUCUGGCGUACUUGUAAUAAAAUACGUGCUGCUAUAUUUCGUACGGGACUUAAUCUUUGGGACUAUUAUAAACCUUUAGAUCCCGAAAACAACAGCUUGAUUUCAGAAGUAAAAUUUGUCUCAGUUUUGUGCGGUCCACUGAAAGGAAUUAUCGGCUUAUCUGAUAAAGAAAUAUGCGAACUCGCUGAUUAUUUUCGAGUACAAGAUGGACGAAUUCUUUACAGGCAAUUUUGCGAGGUCAUUCACGACAGCGUUCCUGAUUUUAGUGGGAACAAACCAUUUGUAACUGGACUGGAAUGGGAAGAUCCACUUCAUGUUAAUGUAUUAAGUUCUACUGAACAUCGAAAAUUGUCUUUGAUAAUCACUCGGAUUGCUAUAUUGGUCAACAAGCGUAAACUAGUUUUGAGGCCAUAUUUUCAAGAUUACGAAUUAAUAGCAAAGAAUGCGGGUACCGUUACUUACGCACAUUUCGGCAGAGUAUUGAAAUUUCUCGACAUUGUUCUCGGCUCGGAAGAAUUUUGUUUAUUGGUUAAAAGAUUUUCUAAGGAUUCCUAUACAAUAAAUUAUGUUGCUUUCGUCAAGGCCAUUGACGAGGCACAAGAUUACAUGGAAAGAUGCGGGAUGCUUGAUCUUUCCGGUAAACUAUUAGAUCAAUUUCCUGGCCGAGUGAUAACCGCAGAAUUACCGAAACUUCCAAGGCCAGAAAUUGGCAGGGUUGACUUAAAUCGUGUUUUUGGAAAACAAAUCGUGUUUCAUCCUGUUAUGAAAUUACGAAAAGAACAUAUGCCAUUAACAGAAGUUAUUAGACGAAUUCAGAGACACAUAUUUGAGCAUAGAAUUCGUAUCUCUGAAUUCUUUAAGGAUUUUGAUCCUUUGAACGAUGGUAAAGUAACAGUAUCGCAAUUUAGAAGAGGAUUAGAUGCUCUCCAAGUUUCAUCCUUAGGAAAACUUUACAUUGCUGAGACAGAUAUUUGUUCGUUGAUUACAUUGUACAAAGAUCCUAACGAUCUUGAUCGUGUUUGUUGGAGGACGUUUGAAGAUGAUAUAAAUCAAGUUUUCACCGUUAGAGAAUUGGAAAAAUUGCCAAAUUUGCAAGUAAUUUCACCCCCGAAAGAAGUCGAGGAACUUGUUAAACGUGGUACGACUGAUUGGCAAUGUGAAAAAAAAACUAUAAGAGAAUUAUGCGAAAAUACGUUGUUAAAGGUACGACGUAGGAUCGAGGAACGACGGAUUUUGUUGAAACAAUUCUUUCAAAAUUACGACAAACAUAAUCAUGGUCACGUUUCGCGCGCACAAAUGAGACAAGUUUUAUCUACGGCGACGGUGCUUUUAUCACCCGAAGAGGAAUCAGCACUCGAGCAAAGAUACAACGACGAUUUGGGAUUCAAUUAUUUUAUGUUUUUAGAAGAAUUAGAAGCCAAACAAAUAACUCAACCAAUUUACGAUCAAAUGUUAAAACAAAAAAUACAAGUUAAUGCAGAGAAAGUAUCGAAACCUGGCACUGAAGAUGAAACUAACGUUGUCCUUGUAUUAGCAAAAAUUAAGGCCAAGGUUGUACGUGAAAGAAUCAAGGUAGCCGAAUUUCUUAAACAAUAUGAUACGCUUAACGAAUUGAAUAUAACAAUGGCAGAUUUUGUACGGGGAUUGGAUCAACUUCGUUGUAAUUUGAGUUCCACCGAAGUUGAUACUAUAGCGAAUAUUUUUAAAUCACCUAUGAAACCCGGUUUUGUCGAUUACGCGAGAUUUGCCGAAUGCGUAGAAGAAGCUGUGGCCAUGGGUAGUUUGGAACGAGCACCAUUAAUUGUACCAAUCCAACAUAUUCCUUCAGAAGCUAGCAGUAGAACGUUUCUUAAUUUUGACGAACGGCAUAUUUUAAGUCAAUCGAUGGACAAGUUGUGUGCCAUUAAACAACCAAAUUUGGAAGAACUUUUUGCGGAUUACGAUAAAGAAAAUAUAGGCACUGUUACGAAGAAUUGUUUGAUGCGUGCUUUGUCUAUCAGAGGAAUGUUGAAUUUGAUUAGCAGCCGAGAAUUAGAUAUAAUUUACAAAUGUUUUUCUAUCGAAAGAGUUGGAAAUCUUGGAUUUGAUUAUCGUGCAUUUUUACAAGCAUUGCGUUUGUUGCAAGAAAAUAAAAUGUCUUUACCUUUUUAA